AUGCGAGCAGUGGCAGCGGGCCCUGGCGUUGCUCGGCGAGAUGUGGGAGGCGAUGUUGGAGCCCAACUCAUCAGCUACAGUGCGGGGAUCAGCGCGUGCGAGAAAGGCGAGCAGUGGCAGCGGGCUCUGGCGCUUCUCAGCACAAUGCUGGAGGCGAAGCUGAAGCCCGACGCGGCCGUUUUCAACGCUGGGAUCAGCGCGUGCGAGAAAGGCAGGCAGUGGCAGCGGGCUCUGGCGCUGCUUAGCGGGAUCAGCGAGGCGGAGUUGGAUCCCGACGUCAUUCAGUUACAGUGCUGGGAUCAGCGCGUGCGAGAAAUGCGAGCAGUGGCAUUGGGCUUUAGUGCUGCUCAGCGAUAUGUGGGAGGCGCAGUUGGAGCCCAGCGUCUUCUGCACUAUUAUUACAAGGUGCUGGGAUCAGCGCGUGCGAGAAAGGCGGGCAGUGGCAGCAGGCGCUGUCAGUGCUCAGCGACACGUUAG